AGUGAGGAGAGAAGACGCCCCGUUAACAGAGAAAUGGAUCAGUCUUUGGCAAACCGUCACCAGAGAGGAGCCCCUCAGAGCGAUGCGCCGGUCGGGGCCUUCAGGCACGCCAACGCCCCCCCGGUGGAGAGGGGCAUCAUCAGCGGGGACAACGUCCAGUUCAGGAGGCUGCGGCGCCACACGCAGUCGGAGAGCUCCGGGGCUGAAGACGAGUGGCUGAGCUCCUCGGUGGAGGCGGGCGGCUCGUACGGCCGGAGCCCCGUCCUGCAGGGCAUGCAGUCCGAGGCCAUAUGGUACAACCGCAGCGCCUACGAGCAGGCCGAGGGCAGCUACCAUCGCCGGCUCGCCUCCAACGGCAACGGGCCGCUGUCGUCCUCCCCGCGGAGCCCCAACACCAGAGGAUCCUUGACCUUCCACACCAGACGUAGCCAGGACCAGGGCCACCCGGUCAGCACCGUGAAGGCCUCGGGCACGCCUCACCGCCAGGGCAGCAGGGGGCGCAGCCGCACCUCCUCCGAGACGGAACAGGGAGGCAAAGGCAGCCGGGGGCCACACCCGAGGAAGAGGGGCCUCUCCGAGACGGAGGGCCGGCCGAGAUGGGACAAGUAUGAGCCUCCUCACACAAGGAAUGGGAGAGAUCUGUGUUGUUGGUUUAUUUAACUGCUGGAAGUAUUUGGUACUCGUUGUCCGUCUGCAUUUUGGCCUUUUC